AUGACAGCGUUACGUUGUGGUAGCUGUAUAUGCUUUCACCCAGAGAAAUCGGAUAUUUUCAUGGUGGGAACAGAAGAUGGGAUGAUUCACACUUGCUCGUUGAAAUAUAACAGGAAUUAUGUCCGAUCAGUACAAGGGCAUCAUAUGCCCGUUUAUAGAAUUCAUUACAAUUACUUUAAUAACAGUAUUUACGCGUCAUGCUCUGGUGACUGGAGAGUUAAGAUAUGGGAAGAUGGACGCGACGAACCGCUAUUCAUGUUUGAGUUAGGCUCGCCUGUGGGAGACGUGAAGUGGGCGCCUUAUUCUAGCACAGUCUUUGCGGCUUGUACGGCUGAUGGAAGGGUCUACGUUUAUGACCUGAAUGUGAACAAAUAUCGGCCGAUUUGUGUGCAAGCUGUGGUCUCCAAGAAAACUAAGAAAUUAACCAGGAUCGAUUUCAACUCUCGACUACCAAUCGUCGUUUGUGGGGACACCAAAGGUACGUGCCACGUUGUGAAAUUAUCGCCUAACUUAAGAGUAAUGUGCAGACCACCUAAGAAGGCCCAGAACGUAGAUCAACGAACUUUACAGAUCAUGAAGUUGGACAAAUUGUUAAGCUUGGUCCGUGAUCCGCCAUUCCAAACUGGAGUAGUCGAUGAGAAAUUUGAAGAUGAUUGA